AUGGACAAUGAAGCUGAAUCCGAAUACGCAAGCCAGGACCCUGUGGACAAUGUCCACCACCAAAAAAUCGAAGAUUCUAUUGACAGACUGAAUUUCGUAAGCCUGUCUGCCUUCGACGCCAACAAGGAGCUACACUCCGCGAUUGACGAGGAUGGCUACAUCAUCAGCAACGUGGUGAGCCGUAUCGGUAUUUCCAAGGCGCUCGAGCACGGUGUGAAGCUAUCUUCUAUCAUCAAGGCGAAGGCGCUCAGGCUCAAUGAAGCAACGGCGCUGGAGGUGCUGGACGUGGUCCUCAGGACCUACUGCAACAACUUCGCAAUUGGCGAGGAGCCCGUGCAGAUCCAAUCGCAGUCUAACACAUCAGAUCGUACUCUAGACUUCACCAAGCUGUCGAAGUUUUUCUCCUCCAAGGCACUCAGUUACUCACCGCUCACAUGGGACACGCUGCCGCAACCAGUCAGCGAGAAGCAGUCGCAGUCGGCGAAGCGCCGACGGGUGCAGCCAGCGCAUACAACCACUACCAUCGCUCCCACGAGGGAAGUUUCGACGAUGAUCGAAUACAAUGAGACCCUGGAGACACAGAAGCACACCGAGUCCGUUAGACAAAAUUUGCUGGAAGCAUCGCAGAGCGAGCCUGUUUCCUUCUGGGACUUCGUCCUAGAUGAUGACCCCCAGAAUGGCUACAACAACACGUGUAGGAACAUCUACUCCCUGACGUUCCUUACGGUCAAGGGUCUGUCCACCUUCGAGCAGGACGAUAAGGGAAUGAAGAUACAGGGGCUCCAGGAGCCUGAGGAGGGUCGCGAAAAUGCGCAGGGCGUCGUUACCGCACUCUCCUACGACGCUUGGCGCAAGAAGGUCCAGGAACGUAGAAAGAAACGACGAUAG